CACGUAGCCCAGGAGGUGGUUCCCGCUAUCGGAGACCUGGGCGACGUGUGUUUUCUAGAGUGUUUGCUGGUGACCCUUGACCCGGAAAGAGAAGUUCUGCGUCCGACCCAACAUGGCGCCUUCCACGCCGCUUUUGGCAGUGCGAGGAUCUGAAGGAUUCUACAUGGUGACUGGACCACCUAGUUUUACUGAAAAUACAACACUGCAAAGGGACUUCGGGAAAAACUGCAAAGUUUUUGCUUUCAGUAAGGAUGGUGCUCUCUUUGCAUGGUGCAAUGGAGAAAAAGUAAAUAUUGUGAAUGUUGCCAGCACUGAAUUACUGCACUCUUUUGAUCUCCCAAAGGCAGUUUGCCUUGAAUUCUCACCAAAGAAUAAUGUCCUGGCAACGUGGCAGGCCUACACAACUGCUAAAGAUGGCACAGCAGGCAUGCCCAAUCUACAACUUUAUGAUGUGAAAACUGGGAAAUGUUUAAAGUCUUUCAUCCAGAAAAAGAUGCAGAAUUGGUGUCCUUGCUGGGCAGAUGACGAAAGUAUAUCUGCUAGGAUCGUAAAUAAUGAAGUGCACUUCUUUGAAAACAACAACUUUGAUACUAUUGCAAAUAAACUUCAUUUGCAAAAAGUUAACGAUUUUGUGUUAUCACCAGGACCACAGCCAAGCAAGGUUUCUGUUUAUGUUCCUGGAAGCAAGGGUGCACCCUCGUUUGUAAGGCUGUAUCAGUACCCUAACUUUGGUGGCUCUCAGUCUGCAUUGGCCAAUAAAAGUUUCUUUAAAGCUGACAAGGCGACAAUGCUCUGGAAUAACAAAGCUACGGCUGUGCUAGUAAUAGCUAGUACAGAAGUUGAUAAAACAGGAGCUUCAUAUUAUGGAGAACAAACGCUGCACUACAUUGCAACAAAUGGAGAAAGUGCUGUUGUACAACUACCAAAAAAUGGUCCCAUUUAUGAUGUAGUAUGGAAUCCCAAUUCCACAGAGUUUUGUGCUGUGUAUGGUUUUAUGCCUGCGAAGGCAACUGUUUUCAAUCUGAAAUGUGAUCCUUUGUUUGAUUUUGGAACUGGCCCUCGUAAUGCUGCCUACUACAGCUCCCCUGGACAUAUCUUAGUACUAGCAGGAUUUGGAAAUCUCAGAGGACAGAUGGAAGUAUGGGAUGUAAAAAACUACAAACUUAUUUCCAAGCCACUGGCAUCAGAUUCUACAUAUUUUGCUUGGUGCCCUGAUGGGGAACAUUUUGUAACUGCUACGUGUGCUCCAAGGCUACGAGUUGGUAAUGGGUACAAGAUCUGGCAUUAUACUGGCUCUGUUCUACACCAAUGUGAAGUCUCACCGAAUGCAGAAAUAUGGCAAGUUUCCUGGCAGCCAUUUUUAGAUGGAACAUUUCCAGCAAAAGCAGUAACUUACCAGGCAGUUCCAAGUGAACUGCCAAGUGCUGAGCUAAAGGUUGCCCAAGCUUAUAGACCACCAGCUUUGAGAAACAAGCCUAUAACCAGUUCCAAGCUGCAUGAGGAGGAGCCACCUCAGAACAUGAAACCACAACCAGGAAAUAGUGAUAAGCCAUUAUCAAAGAUGGCGCUUAAAAAUCAAAGGAAGCACGAAGCAAAGAAAGCUGCUAAACAGGAGGCCAAAACUGAUGGGAACCAGGAAUCAACACCAUCUCCAGCAUUACAGAAUGUAUCACACAGCACUCUGCCUUCUGUGACAUCUGGAGACCCUGAGGUAGACAAAAAAAUAAAGAAUUUGAAAAAGAAACUGAAAGCAAUUGAGCAGCUGAAAGAUCAAGCAGCUACUGGAAAACAGCUAGAGAAAAACCAGUUGGAGAAAAUUCAGAAAGAGGCGGCUCUCCUAAAGGAGCUAGAAGAUUUGGAACUAGGCUUGUAAAACAGUAGUGAAAAGGAAUUGGAUUGUUACACAAAAUCAGUGCAAAAUGGGGUGCAUUUUAACCUGAACAGAACAAAGAAUAUCCUUCAACUGCAGAUGGCUGAGGAAGGACAAGUUUACAUGUUUGCUGCACACCUACAUUUGUUAACCUUUGAAAAAAAAAAAAAAAAUAUCCGUGCAUGUGCAAAAUUGUAAUCAAACAAUGUAUAUUCAGUCAGUCAUUCCUGCUUCCAUUCAAAACCAGAAACACAUUCACUCAAAGUUCUAAAAUGGUGUUGCUUAAAAAUCAAAACAAGGUUUUUUUUGUGUGUGUUUUUGGCUUUUUGGUUGAUCUACCAAUUUGAUAGCUUUAUUAAACUUAAGAUACAUGUGACCCUUAUGCAAUAAUAGGAUUGCAAUCAAUAAUAAAGAGCAUUUAACAUUACAAAAAUUGUUGGUUUUGUGUUACCAAGUCAGAACUUGUAAAAUGUAUCAACCAUUUCCAAGUUACCGCAAUACCAUCAACUUGAAAUCUACUAAAUUUAUAAAAAUGAGUUUAAAGUAUUUUCAGUUGCUAUACCUGCUCCUGUCUUUCCCCAUACCAAUUUGUUGCAGUUUUGCAAUCACAUUUUCCUUUUUUUUUUUUUUUUUUAAAUCCUUUCCCCUUUUGCUGGGUUUUUGUAUGGGACCCACACAAACAAAAAGGAAAACAGAUUAUACGAGGAAACCAUCAAAACUGACUCUACACCAGGUGCUAUCAAAUGCACAAAGUAAACAGAGAGAGAGAAAAUUCAAUGAUCUCUCCGUUUAUAGUAAUAUUAGGUCUAAUUCUGCAAUCUAAUUCAUACGGGUGACCCUUAAACCAGUGUAGAGUCUCAGUGAAGUCAAUGGAACUCUGCAUAGAGGUGGGAGAUUGCCCAUAUGGAUGAGACUAAAAGAUCAGAGCCAUGGAUGUUACUUGAAUAGUAGGAUUUUUUUUUUAAAUCGGAUAUAAAGUAUAUUUUUUUUAAUUGAUAUCCCAUUAAAUUAUCACGGAAACACACUUGCAAACCUUCUAAUUGAUCAUUGUUGUUUAGAUGGUAUAACAUUUUCCAUUCUUUAAAAAGUAAUCUUUCCUUACAUUUUGUUUCUGAUACACAAUUCACAAUCACACUUUAUUAAUUUACAUUGUGUAAAUGUUUUCUCUUUGUUUUUGUAACAAACAGUCAACAGUUUUAUACUGAAACAGUUUUGAAGAAAAUAAGGAUUUAAAGAUUUUUAAAUUUUUAUGCUAGAAGAAUAAAUCAAAGAAUUUAAUUUUGCAUUUA